GAGACCCCAUACAAUCUGGCAGCAAAAGAAGACUGGAAUACCGUGGAAUACAUACAAGAUAGGAAGAAAGAAGUAAUGGACUACCUGAAGACUUUUAUGUCAAAGGAAGACCAAGAACUGGCCACAGAAAUCUCUCAGCAGAAAGAGGCAACAUCAAUAGUUGGAGAUUUCCUCCAGAAAAAAGAACAAUCUGCCAUGUUAAAUCGAUUGCUAGGCCAGGGGACGUAUGAUUCAUUUGACAUGCGCUGUAUGGUCACAGGUCAGUUUGGAGUCGGAAAAUCUACGCUUGUAAAGCUCUUAGUUGGUGAUGCUAUUCCAGAUGAAAGAUUUGCUACAGAUGGGAUCUCCCUACUAGAGGGUCGAUGUGGCCUUGACAUAGACACCAGAGAGUGGAUACUUAUUGAUCCAGAAACUUACAAUGCCCUGGAUGUUGUGUACAAUAAGGUGUUAAUGACCUCUGUAGCUGAAGAUGAAAAACAAGAAGCCAGCCGCACUGCUAGUAAAAAUGUAGGCGAUGUAUUACAGCAGUCAAAAUGUACCAAGACAACGGCUUCCCAUGAAAAUAUCCCAGUUAAUCCUUCUCAACAGGCUCUUGCAGAACAACCGUUGUCACCUCAGCAGUCUUCCAGUACGCUUCUUUUUAAAGAGCAGUCACACAAGAAAAUGAAAACAAAAAUGAAUAAGGAUGAAAUAAGAAAGAGAAUGGAGGAAAUCCUUAAGAGUGGAAAAUAUAAGAUAAAAGUUGGACGACUUAUCUUCUGGGAUUUUGGCGGACAGUAUGUCUAUUACACAACACAUCAGACCUUUAUGACAUUCAGAGCUUUGUUUCUUCUAGUGUUUGAUGGAAGCAAAGGAUUGCAUGAUCAGGUCCCAGAUGUGUUAUGUUUUCCAGGGCAACACAUGAUACCCACCCCAGCAGUAUUUCUACAACACUGGGUCUAUUCCAUCUUGACGUAUUGUAAGCCAGUAUAUAAAGCUAUUCCAAAGAUCUUGUUUGUGGCAACACAUAAAGACAAGAUUGAAGAGGAGAAUGUUGAGACUCGACGUAAAGAGUUGUACAAUGCAGUAGAAGAAUUGUUCAAAGACCACGAGGAAAAACAACAUCUUGUCUUCAGCCCACAGAUAUUUGUUAAUGCCAAAAACAAAGAUGAUCCAGAUAUAAAAAUUCUCAAAAGAGUCAUUACAGAUCUUACAUUUGAACAUCCAUGCUGGGGGGAGAAAAUGCCAAACGCUUUUGUCCCCCUUGAACUUGAGAUAGCUGAGCUAGUAGCUGGCGGAAAACAAAUUUUGUCAUUGCUGGAAGUGGAAGAAUUGAAUGCCAUUAGUCAAGUGUCUGUCCUGUCUCCAGAGCAACUCAACGCUUUUCUCAAUUUCCAACAUUCACUCGGGAAAAUUGUCUACUUUCAUACUCCGCAGCUGAAAGAUUUUGUGAUUAUCAGCCCACUACUCUUGGUUGAAGUCAUGAGGUCUUUUGUGUCAGACAAGCAAUUUUGGCCAAGGGAAGUUGCAGUACAUAAGAUUUUCAAAAAGAUGUCAGAAAGUGGAUCAAUUCAAAGAGAAGAACUGUACCAGAUUUGGAAACAAGAAGCUUUCAGUAAAAUAUUACCACACAAAAGGUAUAUAUUCGAAAUGCUUAUCCAUCUGGAUAUUGUUUCAGAGCAGCGUAGAUAUAACACAAAAACUGGACGUCGUCAAUCAGGGAUUAACUUCUUUGUUCCUUGUAUGGUUACAGCAAGAAAUACAACAAAGUUCAUGACCGAGGAAUGCACACCAAACAGAGCUAUCGGUUUAGCUUUCACUUUUAAAGGAGCUAUAAUUCCUCCAGCUUUGCCAAACCGACUCUUCAGUGCAUGUCUUAAUAUGUGGAAUGUGAAGACCUAUAGAGAACAUAAAGGAAAAGAUACCACUGGAGAAAAGAAAGAGAUCAAACUCCUGUUUUCGGGAUUUCUUGGCUUAUCGUAUGACAAGGCACAUGAUGUUGUUGUAUGUGUUGAAGCCAACAGAAUUCACCUUUACAUAGUCCACAAGACCUCCAAUGACCUAAUAGUAUCCGAUAUCGCCACUAGUAUCAAGGAAAGCUUCUACAUUACAUUGGAGAGAAUUAUAGAAUUCUAUCAGUCCACAGUUCAUGCCAGAACUAGCAGUUCAAACAAACCUUUCCAAAUUGAAUAUUCUUGCUCCAAGUUAGAAUGCUUCAUUACUGAGGAGGAGGCCUUGCAAAGAGUCGAAUGGGUGUGUGACAAGCAUAAGUUGGUGCAUAAAAGAAACCAUUGGAACGUUUGGAAUCAAGAUCAGACAAAAGAAGAAUGUGAAGAUAAUUGUCAAGGUCUAAGUGUAGAUGCAUUGAAUCAGAUCCCAAGUGAUACAGAGUUGCUGCGUUUUUCAUCUAAAUGUGAGCCAGAAAAGAUGCAUGAAUUGGCAACACAUCUACGAAUGCUUCCUAAAUGGAAAAAAAUUGUGUAUAAUCAUCCACAGGAAAUAGAAAUUGCAACAUUUCUAUUUUUGAUUGAAUGGAAAAGGAAAAAUCCAAAAGGAAAGUUUAAAGUGCUGGCUGAUGUUCUAGGAAAAAUGAAUUUAACAGCGCAUACGCUAUGUUAUGUGAGAAGAGUCACAAAAGCAGAGACAGAUAUUCCUGAUGAAAUCCUAGACUGUAUUCCAACAGAUGAAAUUAUAGAUUCCUUAGCUCCACAAAUUGGCCAAAAGUUCUUUCAACUAGGAACAGAACUAGGUUUAUCUGUAGCAGAAUUAGAAAAUAUAAAAAACAAUCAUUGCAGUGACUUGGCAGCUCAGAACAAGAAAGUAUUACUGGGAUGGAGGGAAGACAAAAAACUGAAACCUACAAUCGAGGCGCUUGCACAGGCUUUAGUCAACAUUGAAAGAGGAGCAGAUUGCUUGGAGGAUAUAAUAGAAGAUAUAGAUGUUAAUACUUUCACAGCUAUGGAAGAUAUUACAGAUAGAAUUAACGAUCAUCGUGAUGAAAUCAUACAGGAUAUAGUUAUAAGCGAUAUCUUAGAUGAAAUGAUGACACACCUGGUGAUAUCAGCAGAUGAUAGACGCUAUAUUGAACACCAUCCACGACAGGGUGAUCAGAAUAAAGCAUUGCUCGAGAUAGUGAUUACAAGGAAGGAGCAGGCGUUUUUAUUUUUUGUUGAUGCAUUACAAAACAGUGGUUACACAGAUCUAGCAAACAAACUGAGUUACGAUUCACAUGAUGUGAGUUCAAGUUCCACACCAGCACUUUCUGAAAAUAAAGAAUCAUUGGAGUGGGCUGUUCCAUUAUAUAGAGUUCGUCUUCAGAAGAAUUAUGGCAAAAUAAUACAAGAGAUACAUCACCUUACCAUAGUAGAUUACCUUAUAUCAAAAUCUGUUUUCUCACCUGAUGACAGUGAACAGAUAGAAUCUUGUAAAACUCAAAAGGAAAAGAACAGAUCAUUGAUGGAUAUUCUGUUACACGGACAUGAAGAAAUUGGAUAUACUGAAUUUCUCAAAGCUCUACAAAAGGAACCUGUAUAUAAAGACUUAGCAGAUCAGAUAGAAAAAACAGAAGUUACCGACAGAGAUAGGUCAACACUAGAGAGUUGUCAAAAGUUAAAAGGAAAAGAUUAGUUUAAUUUACGUAUUGUGAACAGGCUAUGCUAUAGGUACUACACUAAGUAGAUACAUGUAUAUUGUGUCAUAGUCCAUGUUUCAGGUAUUUGUUUUCAACGAAAAAAAUGGGUCACUAUGUUGAUGACAUGCACGCAUAUCUUCAAAAUCAAAUAUAGUUUAAUAGUUUUACCACGUACAAUAUACAUACGACAGUACAAAUAUAACUUUUAAUUAAACAUCGAAGUAAUAUCAAAAUUGUUAGUUUUUUUAUGCAAAUGUAUGACGUACUUUUCAGGAAUAUAUAUACAAAAUCAUGUGUCAAUUAGAAAUAGAAAUAAUUGUUUGUUCUGUACAUAUUCAUUUGAUAUAAACUGACUUUAACUACAAAUUCAUCAGUAUUUUACAUUCAUAUGAUCAGUAGUGAAUACAUGGUAUUUUUUACGCCCGAUAAAUUAAAAUAUUUAUAUUUCAUUAUUCUAAUUAUCAUUAUAUGUUAAAUUUAUUUUUCGAAAGAAGCAUUAGUCUUGGGGUGAUCCAUAAAAUAUGUUCAAUACUUGUUAACCUUUAAGAAGCAUUUGAUGGUACAUUCUAUAGAGUUGGAAUUUUCUUUGUUUAUGCCAAAUCAUAUAGUGACCGGGCUAUUUAUAUCUAUGUAUGUGUACAAAGACAAGGUAAACUGCACAAAUUAACUGAGUUGAAAAUGAAUAUGUAUACAAUAAGUUAUAGAGUGUACAAAAACCAGACAUCAAACCAGCAAUUCAAAAUCCUAACAAGAAUAUACAAAUGUAGCUUUGUCAAUAAUUCUGAAGAAAUGUACAUUUAUGAAUAAACAUGUAAAUAUUA